AAAUGAUUUUAAAAAAGUACGUUUCAAAGUCAAUGAGAUUUAGUUUUUAUAUACAGCUUGAACGAGAACAUUUACGAAACGGACCGCGUUAAAGCGGAUUAAUUUGAAAGGUGUUAAAAAAAAUAUAUAAAAUUUAUAAUAAAUUUUUCAAUAAAAUCGACAAAAUAUAAAAUAAUUUAAAAUGGCCAAUACGCCAAGCACAAAAUUACAUCUGGAGACAAUCGAUCGCAUUGGCAGUAUACCAUUAAUCGAGACCAGUUUAAAACAGGUGGAAAAUCUAUAUGCCAAAGUCAAGAAUAGUAAUCGUCUAUUUAACUGGUAUUUUGAAACUGCUGAAUAUACAAUUUUAUCAGCUUAUGAAUCCGUACAGCCAGCGGUAAAACUAUUCGAAGCACCUUUAAAACGUCUGGACUCGGUGAUGUGUAAGAGUUUAGAUAUAUUGGAGCAACGUGCACCCUUGGUGUAUUUACCACCCGAACUGACUAUUAUUAUGGGUUUAAAGAUGUAUUGGAAUACUAAGGAAUACAUGACAGAUCAUUUGGUUAAACCGGUACUCAAACGGGCCGAUUCGGUGAAACAGAUUGGUAAUGCGGUACUUGAUAGUCCAAUAACCACCUUUGCGGCCGAACGUUUAGAAGGAGCUCUAACGGCUGGUGAUAAAUUUGUCGAUAAAUAUUUAGUGCCCAUUGGCGAUCAAACUGAUGCACCAAAUGAUGAAGAUAACAAUGUAGAUGCACCGGAUGAAAAAGGCGCCAUCAAGGCAAUUCAUCACGGCCAACGUUUUUCUCGUAAGCUUAAACGUCGCUUGACCCAAAGAACUAUAGCGGAAGCUAGAGCCCUUAAAAAACAAAGUAAAGAAGCCAUACAUGUAUGCUUAUAUGCUGCUGAAUUGAUUGCUACCGAUCCAAAAUUGGCCCUACAAAAAGCCAAAGAACUUUGGGCUUAUUUAAGUCUUGACGAACCAGAGAAUCAAGCUAGACCUGUAACAUUGGAACAAUUAAUUGUUCUUUUAACACGGGAAUCGGUCAGACGUCUGGUACAUGUAGUUAAUUUUGGUGCUAAUGUUGCAGCCAAUAUACCCAAAACUGUAUCACAUACCACAACAGAAGUUGUACAUCACAUUAUAUAUUUCAAUAAUCGUUUGAUAAACAUAACCAAAUUGGAUAAAGUUAAAAAUUUAUCGAAAGAAGAAGCCGAGACAUUAAUAAAACGCAUGGUCACCUUUUAUGGCAACUUACAAAAUCUAUCUAAUGCCUAUUUGGAACGUUUGGCUACCUUUUUAUCCGGCCGCAUUGAAGCCGAAAAAGUUAGUGGAAGUCGCAGUUCUGGUGCCUCCUCUACAGCAUCGUCAACAAGAAGACUUUUGGAAGAACAGGAUAAUAAUACUCCUUCGUCUCACAAUAAUAUAAAUGGCGUCUACUGAGAAAUAGAGUUUUUUAUUGCAGUCGUAUUUUUGUUUCUAAUUAUCGAAUUUUAUUUUUGCUUUCAUAUUCGUACUAACUGAAAAAAAUAUUUAAAUAAUAUUUUGCUUUUAAAUA